ACGCUCCGCCUUCGUGCCGGCCUUCAAGAGGGCGACGAGGAAGCGGCCACCUCCCUGUGCCCCGCCCCUCAGGCUAGCUCUGUGGCUUCUGCGGCUCCUCUCGGCUGCUCCCGGCUCCUCUCUGCCCUCUCCCGGCUUCCUGCGGCUCCGGCUUGGGCUCGGCGGCGGCGGCGGGCAGUCGCAGUGGUACAGAAUGGCCGACCUCAGUCUUGUGGAUGCAUUGACAGAACCACCUCCAGAAAUUGAGGGAGAGAUAAAGCGAGACUUCAUGGCUGCGUUGGAGGCAGAGCCCUAUGAUGACAUUGUGGGAGAAACUGUGGAGAAAACUGAGUUUAUUCCUCUCCUGGACGGUGAUGAGAAAACCGGGAACUCAGAAUCCAAAAAGAAACCAUGCUUAGACACUAGCCAGGUUGAAGGUAUCCCAACUUCUAAACCAACACUCCUAGCCAAUGGUGAUCAUGGAAUGGAGAACACUGCAGGGUCUCCAACUGACUUCCUUGGAGAGAAAGUGGACUAUCCGGAUUAUCAGAACAGCAUGAACUGGCCAGAAGAUGCAAGCUUUUGUUUCCAGCCUCAGCAAGUGUUAGACACUAACCAAGCUGAUCCCUUUAACGUGCACCAUGAUGAUGGUUUGUCAGAUCUGCUCUUUGUCUCCAGUGGACCCACAGAUGCUUCUGCAUUUACAGAACAAAACAAUCCUUCAGAAGACAGUUAUGGUAUGCUUCCCUGUGACUCAUUUGCUUCCACGGCUGUUGUAUCUCAGGAGUGGUCUGUGGGAGCCCCAAACUCUCCAUCCUCAGAGUCCUCUGUUUCCCCAGAGGUUACUAUAGAAACUCUACAGCCAGCAACAGAGCUAUCCAAGGCAGUAGAAGUGGAAUCAGUCAAAGAGAAGCUGCCAACUAAAGCAUUGGAAAUGAUGGCAGAACAGACUGCUGAUAUGGUGCCAUCCAAAGAAACAGAGGACUCUCCAUCCACAGACAUAACACCAGGCCCAGACACAGAGGUAACACUGGCUAAAGACAUAGAAGAGGUCACCAAGCCAGAUGUGAUAUUGGCAAAUGUCACACAGCCAUCUACUGAAUCGGACAUGUUCCUGGCCCAGGACAUGGAACUACUCAUAGGAACAGAGGCAGCCCACAUUAGCGAUAUCAUAUUGCCUACAGAACCAGGUGUAUCUUCAACCAAGGAUAUGGCACCACCUAUGGAAGAAGAAAUUGUCCCAGGCAAUGAUAUGACAUUCCCCAAUGAAACAGAGACAACUCUUCCAAUAAAAAUGGACUUGGCACCACCUGAGAAUGUGUUACUUACCAAAGAAACAGAGCUAGCCCCAGCCAAGGGCAUGGUUUCACUUUCUGAAAUAGAAGUGGCUCUGGCAAAGGAUGAUGAGUCCUCUGCAGAAAUACCUGUGACUCAGGAGAUGAUCUUGUCCUCAGAAACAGAGAUGGUCCUGCCCUCAGAUCCCAUAAUGACGUUGACAAAGGAUGUGACACUCCCCUUAGAAGCAGAGGGACCCCUGGUGAUGGACAUGACUCCAUCUCUGGAAGCAGAAAUGACCCUAGGCAAGGAGACAGCUCCACCCACAGAAACAAAUUUGGGCAAGGCCAAAGACAUCGCUCCACUCCCAGAAUCAGAAGUGGCUCUGGGCAAGGACACAGUUAUACUUCCAGAAACAAAGGUGACAGAAUUUAACAAUGUGACUCCACUUUCAGAAGAAAAGGUAGCCUCAAUCAAGGACACGUCUCUGCCUGCAGAAACAGAGGUUCCCCUGGCUAAGAAUGCCAAUCUGCACUCAGGAACAGAGCCGAUUGUGGACAACAGCAUGACUCCAGCCUCGGAUCUUGCACUGCCCUUGGAAACAAAAGUAACAGCAGUUGAAAUUAAAGACAAAGAAACUGUACAGACUGAAGAAGAAUUAAGUGAAGACUCCCAGUUAGAAUCUGUGCAGCACAAGGAACAGUCAGCAGGACCUCCUUGCACUGCUUCCCCAGAACCAGUCAAAGCUGCAGAACAAAAGUCUACCUUGCCAAUAGAUGCAGCUUCUCCAAUAGAGAACUUAGAGCAGAAGGAAACAUCUGGCAGCCAGCCUUCUGAGCCUUGCUCAGGUUUCCCUUCCUCACAAGGUAAACACGUUUGCAGACCCAGUGACCGCAGGUCAGCCCGGUCUAAACCUGCCAGGGUCCCUCCUGAGCUACUGGAAGGUUCUCCUCCAUGGAAGAUUCUUGAUCCCAAGCUGGGCCCCUGCCCAUUUUCUGAGUUGGGUUGGGUCUCUGGUUCAUCUUCCCGUGGUGAGCUUGGGAACCAAAGAAAAGUUAUUGAUGCUGAAUUCCUACCCCAGAGAGAUCAUGACAGGGAAGCCAGAGAUAUAGAGAGCAUGCCAAUGAUGAUGAAGAAAAAGAAGAAGAAACCAAAGCAAAAAAGAUAUCCUCAGUCCCGAGCUGGGGGACCUUGGGAUGACAAUAAUGCAGAAGAGCGCCAUGUGACUCAUGGGCUCCUGAAGUCAGGGGUGGGCCCUAGCCAGCCUACUGUGGGCACCGAAUGUGGAUCUCUAGCCAGAGAAGUCUGGAAGCAUGAAUGUGCAGAGAGUCCUGGGGUUACUUCAUGUCCAAAACAGCCUCCUGAAAUGAUAGUAAAAGCUCAGCUCAAGCAGAAAGUAGAAGAGUACCACAGAGAUAAAAGCCUACUAUCAGGGAACCAAGAUAAGAACUUGCUGCAGCAAGAGGAAGAGAGAGCCCCAGCUACAUCACACCUGAAGUCUUCAGUGGGUACAGGCAGGGCAGUGAGUACAUCGAGUUUGAAAGGAACCCCAGAUGACAGUACUGCACACAACAAAGUGACAGCUCCGAAAGGGGGUUUUUCCCCUUUAUUGGCCCAAGAGAUUAUGAAUAAAGUUCCAAAACCCACAACAGAGAAAGUGCUGCCAAGUCUCCCUUCCUCAGCAAACCAUCCAUUAGAAGACGGUCUGAAGGAAGAACUUGGUGGAAGCAGAGCACCUGCAUUGCAGGUGUUUCCUGAUGCAGUCGGGGCCAUUAAAGAACUGAGACCAGACAAAACCCAGGAGCAAAGACAAGGAACCAGCCUGCUUGCUUCCAAAGAGCUUAAAGACCAAGAAUUAAUUCAAGCUCCUGGGCCAGAGAGUGAGCUGUUUAAGAAAAUGACAGGCGAUAGCAAAAGCAGGAAGGGAAGGGGUCCUGGGAAAGUCAGAGCAGGCUCAGGAAAGUUGGGAGCCAAAGCUGAGGUGCCAUUCCUUUUGACCAGUGACAAGGACGGGAAAGCUGUACCUUCGCCAAGUGAGCCAAUCCCUGAAACUGGAGUAGUGAGUAUUAAGGAUCCUAGAAGAGGGCUAUGCUUGGAGUCUUCAAAGGCACCAGGGACCAUUACUGAUCUCACUGAGGCAGUGCUGAGGGUGACAGAAGAGGUGGCUGAUGGUGGUGUGGGACGCACCAUGCAGCCAUUAAUUCCUUUGGAAAGUGGGUCAAGUUUGACUCAGACUUUGAAUGCUAAGACAGAAAGAAAUGCUAGGACAGAAAGAAGAGCUGAGGUUAAAAAUAUGGGCAUCAGUAACCAGAGCAAGGAAGGGAAGUGUCCUUGGAUGGAUCAUGAGUCAACUCCCUGGAUUUCUGAAAAGACUAAAAAGAGAGGCAAUGAAGGCAGGAACAAAAAGUUUAAAAAUAAUUACCCUGUACAGCCUAGCAGAGUGGGGGGCGGGGAGGAAAUUGUCAGCCCACCUUGUGUAGAGAAGCACAGUGAUGAUGGUAAUGUUGCCCAUAAAGACAGUGAACUAGGGCAGGUUUCCCCAAAAAUACCCGCUCCUUUGUUCCCAUACACAUCAGGUGCAGCCACAGAGGAAGUCACUGACCUCGAGAGUAAGAAGGUUGAGUCUAAACCUGUUCAACUUGGGGAUCUUUUGGGGAAUAAAACAAACUCAGUCCAAAGUUCUGCUGUUACUACUGAACCAGCUGCCAAGGUGACAGAUUUGAGCUCCCCAGGCCCAAUCCAGGGGGCAGGAUUUGUUCCCUCAGUAGGAACUGAGGAAAACAAGACCUGUGCAGCCAAGGGACAGGCUGCAGUGCCCAGGAAACCUAACAAAAGGAGCAAUGAUGGGAAAUAUAGAAGGGUUCAGAGCAGCUUUCCUGAGAUUAAGGCAGAUACAACAAAUCCCACAAAAGCCACAGGAGACUGCAGAAUUGAGGGAAUGGGGUAUGUGGAUGAAAAUAGAAAUAUUACAUUUACCUCUGGGAGAGCACCAUCGGGGCUGAUAGGUAAAUCGAUUCCUCUAGAGGCUGUGGGAUCAGCAGGCUGUGAAAUGAUGCCCUGCCCUAUUCUUCAAGUAGGAAAGGAAGAUAAUUCCUUCCCAGACAAUUCCAGAAAAAGUGAGCAAGAAAAUAAUACUUUCAAAUUAUUCCCACAAGAUACAUGUAGCAAAGAUGGAGUCCCAGGUCAAGAAAGGCCCAAGGCUCCCCCUGUUGCUUUGCCCUCUACUGGUACAGAAGGAGUUACUGAGACUUCUACAGAAGCCCAAGAGAAGUUUAGCAGACUUGGAGAUCACUCUCUUAAGAAUAAAGGCGGGCUUGCUGAUUACAGGGAAAAUGGAGUAGGGAUAACCCCUGAAAGGCAUGCGGUAGGGGAGCCUGUGUCAAAGCAGCAUGGGUCCUCUGAGCACUCAGCACAGCAUGCCACAGAACCCACUAAAGGACACUUACUUCCUGCUUUGUUCACAGAAAGCCAGAGCCUUUCAGAAGAGGUCAGAGUCCUAGACACACAUGCAGAUAGGGGUGAUUUGCCAGUGUCUCUGGUGAAGGAAGAGAAGAGAACUGAGAAAGACUCUGCCCCCGUUAAAAACCCUGCCCCUCUUAGACAGGAAAUAGGGAAAUUCAGUUUGUCUGAUGACCAAAAUGAGAAAGAGAGAGAUUCCAAGGGUCCAGAGAGUUUGGAUAAGAAGGUAGAUAUCACUCUUUUGCCUCCAGAAAAUGAAAAGGAUAAAUUAAAAGAAGCUAGUCUGUCAUGUGAAGUCACAAAAUUGGAAUGCAUUACCACGUCAACAACAGAACUUCAGUCUGAUUUUUCGUGUGACAGUGUUGAGGGGGAAAGUAAAGUAGUGGUGACUGCUUACAAGGAUCCUCAAGUCCCAGAGUUCAGGGGUAAUGGGGUUGAAGCUCCUCAGAAGAUGACAGAGAUGUCAGAACUGAAGGUGCUGGGUGAAAGGAAGAAGGAAGAUAAAGGCAGAAUAGCAGAGCCAAUGAAAGGCUACAUGAGACCCACCAAGUCUCGAGGACUCACUCCACAUCUGCCAAAGUCUGCAAGUCAGGAAAGAGAGAGAUCCAAGCUGCUCAAGUCCAGUGAGAAGCAGCCAGCCGUGCUCACUGCCGCUCUCGCUGCUGAGGACGAUCAGCUCUCUAAAGGCAACCCUCCAGAGUGUGGGAUGGACUCCCGGAAAGAAAUCGGUCAGGAUGGAUUUGAAUGGCAGAGGACAGAGGGUAAACUGAAUGAAAUCGGGCUGAAUGUCAGCAUGGAUGGACAGCUGAAAGACCGGCUUGUGAAGAAUUCCAGCUUCCUGGAACAGAAUAAGCUUGGCUUUUUUGAGGGGAAGCUAGACAAAGAACUUAACAUCGAAAAGCCUAACAAGGCAUAUCAAGCAACCUCCGGUCACCUUGAGAGCGGGUAUGUGAUUUCAGGAAUCUGCCAGCCCUCGGAGGGGAACUUAGUUCACCAGAAGGCAGCAGAGUUCCACCCGGGACUCACCGAGGGGCAAGACAAAGCUGCUACAGUUCAGGGGAAGGUGGCGGGGAUGAGUGGACUAGAGAUCAAGAGCCAGCCAGAUCUAAAUUUUCCAGGGGCUGCUGACACUCUCACUCAACAUGGUGAGGAACAAGAAACCAGUGCUUGGAACCCCAACUUUUACUCAGUGACUCAGAGCCCUCAGGUCUCAAUGGCUGCAACUCCAGGAAAAGAGAAGAAUGGCCUCGUCUCCAGCUGCUCGGUGAUUGGGGUGAUGAAUGAUAACUCUGGGCAGCUUAAUAAUAAGUCCCCAUUACUGGUGGCUAUCACCCACCCAGACCCAACUAGUGAGCAUUUGCCCACCACCAGUCCACCAAUCACUAUGGUGGAAUUCACUCAGGAAAAUUUGAAUGCAGACUUUCACAGCCCAGGCCAGGAUAAGGAGUUGGAGAAAUUAAGUUCUUCUGAGGAGGGGCCCAUGCUUGACCAAGUCCCCCAGCAGAAAAAGGCAAUCCGAAGAGCUCUGUCUGAGUGUUACCAUCUCUCAGUGCCCCCAGCUGUGAAUCUUGCUGAUAAGUACCCUGAGCUGCCUGCCCGAGAGGAGCUUCCUUCUGGCCUGCUGCCUCCCACCAGUAGCCCAAUGCCAAGCCCUAUGCCCAGGAAGCUGGGGGUGCCUGCCAUGAGGCGCUCCAUGACCGUGGCUGAGGACCAGUCAGCUAGCUGCAGAUUGAGUGCUGGGGAGCUGGCCAGCCUGUCUGCUUCUCAGGUACCUACUGCUUUAACCUUCGAGGAACCAGUGGCCAAAGAAAGAGAACUGAUCCACUUCAGCAAUGGCAGCAACAGCUCUGGGAAGAAGGAACUGGGCAUUGCCGGGCUGUAUCUCCACAGUAAGCUGGAACAGAUUCCCGAGGGAAGCGGCAAGGGAAAGGGGCAGGAAGAUAUUGGUGAGACAAGAGUUGAUUCAUGUCCCUUCAUCUGCCUGGGAGGCGAGAAACAGCGGAUGGCACUGGCAGGGAAGAAAGAAAUUGAGGUCACUGCAGCCCAGAGCACUCCAUCAUUGCUAUUGGAAGAGACCCCACGUGAUGGAGUAUCCCGGCAAGAAGAAGGAAAGGCUGCUGAAGGUGUGACUGGAAAUGACAUCACUACCCCACCAAACAAGGAGCUACCACCAAGCCCAGAAAAGAAAGCAAAGCCUUUGGCCACCACUCAACCUGCAAAGACUUCAACAUCGAAAGCCAAAACCCAGCCCACUUCUCUCCCUAAGCAACCAGCUCCCACCACUGGUGGGUUGAAUAAAAAACCCAUGAGCCUCGCCUCAGGCUCAAUGCCAGCUGCCCCACACAAACGCCCUGCUGCUGCCACUGCUACUGCCAGACCUUCCACCCUACCUGCCAGAGAUGUGAAGCCAAAGCCAAUUACAGAAGCUAAGGUGGCCGAAAAGCGGACCUCGCCAUCCAAGCCUUCAUCUGCCCCAGCCCUCAGACCUGGACCUAAAACCACCCCAACCGUUUCAAAAGCCACAUCUCCCUCAACUCUUGUUUCCACUGGGCCAAGUAGUAGAAGUCCAGCUACAACUCUGCCUAAGAGGCCCACCACCACCAAGACUGAGGGAAAACCUGCUGAUGUCAAAAGGAUGACUGCUAAGUCUGCCUCAGCUGACUUGAGUCGCUCAAAGACCACCUCUGCCAGUUCUGUGAAGAGAAACACCACUCCCACUGGGGCAGCACCCCCAGCAGGGAUGACUUCCACUCGAGUCAAGCCCAUGUCUGCACCUUGCCGCUCUUCCGGGGCUCUUUCUGUGGACAAGAAGCCCACCUCCACUAAGCCUAGCUCCUCAGCUCCCAGGGUGAGCCGCCUGGCCACAACUGUUUCUGCCCCUGACCUGAAGAGUGUUCGCUCCAAGGUUGGCUCUACAGAAAACAUCAAACACCAGCCUGGAGGAGGCCGGGCCAAAGUAGAGAAAAAAACAGAGGCAGCUACCACAGCUGGAAAGCCUGAACCUAAUGCAGUCACUAAAGCAGCCGGCUCCAUUGCGAGUGCACAGAAACCACCUGCUGGGAAAGUCCAGAUAGUAUCCAAAAAAGUGAGCUACAGCCAUAUUCAAUCCAAGUGUGGUUCCAAGGACAAUAUUAAGCAUGUCCCUGGAGGUGGCAAUGUUCAGAUUCAGAACAAGAAAGUGGACAUAUCCAAGGUCUCCUCCAAGUGUGGGUCCAAAGCUAAUAUCAAGCACAAGCCUGGUGGAGGAGAUGUCAAGAUUGAAAGUCAGAAGUUGAACUUCAAGGAGAAGGCCCAAGCCAAAGUGGGAUCCCUUGAUAACGUGGGCCACUUGCCUGCAGGAGGUGCCGUAAAGACUGAGGGCGGUGGCAGUGAGGCCCCUCCGUGUCCAGGCCCCCCUGCUGGGGAGGAGCCAGCCAUCCCUGAGGCUGCGCCUGAUGCUGGCGCCCCUACUUCAGCCAGUGGCCUCAGUGGCCACACCACCCUGUCAGGGGGUGGUGACCAAAGGGAGCCCCAGACCUUGGACAGCCAGAUCCAGGAGACAAGCAUCUAAUGAUGACAUUCUGGUCUCGUCUUCCAUCUCCCCUGUGUUCCCUCUCUUGUCUCCCCCCCUUGUUACCCUCUCCCAUCCCUCCUCACGUGUCACUGCAGAUUGAGACCUACAGGCUGACGUUCCGGGCAAAUGCCAGGGCCCGCACCGACCAUGGGGCUGACAUUGUCUCCCGGCCUCCCCACUUCCCUGGUGGCCCAAGCUUGGGGUCUCCGGCCCUGGGCACCUUUUCCCGGGCUGUCUACUAGACUUGUAAGCUCUUGGGUGCUGGGCAGCCCCUUUAGGCCUCCUUCCCUCCUGCCUCGCUUGCUCAAGGCAGCAGCAGCAGCCCCGCUCGCUGCCUUUACACCUCCUUCCACCCCAUUCUGGGCCAGCUCCAACUUCACUAUCUCACCACUUCACCACGGAGAAAGUUGGGCAGGGAUGGGAGUCCAGUGGGAUCUAGGAGCUGGAUUCCAGCCUUGGCUGUUUGGUUUUUUUGGACCAAACCCAAAAGAAACUGACAAACCCUCCCUCUCUUCCCUGGCCCAACCUGGAGGGACUGGUAAAGGUGAGCUCCAAGUGGAGACCAGCACCGACUGAGUCCCUGGAAACUAACCACUCCUUGACCCCCACGGUGGAAGCCACCAUGUAGGUGGUACCAGGCCCCUUUGCUGCCCCGCCUCAAGUUAGUCAAGGUUCAGUCCUCCUUGCCCCCACUUAUCGUACCUGAGUAGCUGCUGUCUCACAUUUUUAUUUUAUUCUUUCCCCUCCCAAUAACCUAUGAACUGGUGGUGUAGUUUGCAGGUUGAAGCCAUGUCUAAAUGAGAGUCCUCAGUAGGUGGCGAGGGAAGUGGGGAAGGAGAUCCCGAGCCUCCCCUGAGGAGGUUGUCAGAUAUUGAGGGGUUGCCCUACUCGGGGCAGCUUGGGCCCUGUGGAAAUAAGUGGGACUAUUGCCGAGUGAGGUCAGACAGCUAAGGUGGGUCAGUGUGACUGAUAGUGUUGGUAUUGUGUAUAUGCUGCUUUUCUAACCAAGAGGCUGGUUUUGGCAUCUAUCUCAUUCCCUGGGAAUCCGGUGGUUAAUGUGUGAUACAAAACCAGGGCUGGAGAAACAGAAAUGAAGGUCAAAAUCGCAGGCCUGUACCUGCACGCCAUGGCACCCAAAUCCUCAUAUCUAGGGGAGCCUGAGAUGUCCAGAACGCUUGUGAACAGUGGGGAAUCAGGUGUGAAAAUUUAAAACUAAAAUGCAUCUUCUGGUGUGACUGGAGAGGAGGAGCCAUGGUGGAGCAGCCAUCCCAGUGUGGUCUGCUCAUGGAUGGGAUGGCUGCAAUGUUGAGAAAAUCCCGGGAAUUUUAUCAACACAAGAUUCUUAUUGCACUUGUAUUUUUUGUAUUAAAGUUUGCAUGGUUUCUAAUAAAGGAUUCAAACCUAAGUUUGUAUUGAAAUGGCCUGGGAGUGUCCAAGGACUCCUCUGAUAGGGCAUUUUCUGCUGGGCAGAUUUGCCUCUCAGGAGGCUGGCCCAGACUCGGUCCCCUUGGCCCUCCUCCCAACAGACUCUGCCUUUGCUUGGGUAGUUUGAGGAGGUAGAGAUCUUCUCUCUCUCUGCCAAGGGAAGGUAUCCCUGGGCUUGAAGGUCUUCUCCACUUGAGGUAGCAGUUACUUUGUGAUAAUCUUGACACUGAAUUUCCCAGCUCUCUAAGCACAAAGAAUUGCUGGGACCUGUGGAAAAAGGACUGCCUGAGCCGGGGAGCGGCUUUCUUCCCAAGCUGUCAGAACUAAGCUUGGAGCCUGCAUUGUCUGUAUUUUGCAGCAAUAGGGGCCCAUGGAGCUGGGAAGGACACAGUGGGGACCAGGGUAGUGAUGGCUGAGUGCAUACAGGUACUUGCUACCCUCCUUGAUUUUGAUCUUGGGGCCUUGAAGAUGCUAAUUGACAAGAAACAAGUCCAUUGGCCAAGGAUUAGAGAAAGGAAGGUAGCCCAAGCUCUGUAGGUAACUCCCUGGAAGGAUCCCACGAGCCAGAGAAGGCUGAUCUAGCAGCUUGGGACCACAGGCCAUGAUGUGCAUACUUCAAAAUGUUUGAGAAUAAGAUCCUUCUGUAUUUUAUAGUUUGCUCAUGGCUUAGCCAUUACCCAUGUCUGUAAUUGUUGUACUGAUUUAAACAAUAAAGCUGCCUGACAUCCCA